AGUAAUUUUCUUUGAUUAAUGUUUUUCUAGGAUGACGUCUAUGACAUGCAUGACCACUUCUUGCAGUAUGUGACUACAAGUAGCGCGCAUCCUCACCUCCAAGAACAGCAUAUCGUGUACACGACCGGCACGGACAAACGAGUGUCCUGGCCUGGGAAGCGAGCCGAGUACAAACAUGAGUACGUUCAACCACCGGCUGCUCACUCGAGAGACCAUCAGAAGUGGGUAGUGGCCAAUCCUGUGCAUCAAUAUAGGCAGAGCCAAGUAGUAGGUACGGCAGCCCAUCCGGGCCAUACCCACAGUCAUCACGGGCAUCCGGCUCACCUGAGUCCCGGCGGCAGCGGCGGCGGCAGGAGUCCCACUGGAGGGCCUGUAAUAGGAAGUGCCCAGCAUUUGGGACAGCCUCUCUACCAAGAAUACGCUCACGUGCGCUCGAGAGCUCACGCGGUGCCACCUCCCGUAUACGUUACCGCGGCACCUUCGCAGGCUGCUACUGCUAUCCAACAACAACAAGUGCCCACGUAUCAGGGAUUCACACCCGGGUGGGUAAUUAGAGAACUAGUUAAUGCACGCAUACGUUCAUUCAUCUUUUGUUCUAACGUUAAAUUUAUGUCGUCUGUACUCCCAAA